AUGACUAUAGCUCUGAGCGACCACGAAACUCUCAGUUUCCCAACUGCUCCGGGGGCCAAUGCCAAACAAAAAUUUGAACAACUUAAGAAAGAGCGAUUAGCUGCUCACCAAACUUUGCUCGAUAAACUCGACAAGGCAUACCCCAACAAAGAUUCCAAGAUAUUUUCUCGCUUUGAUAGAGAUUCGCGAGCCAUUGCAGAGAAAGAUCUUCAAGACACUCUGGAGGCGGAUCUUGGAGCUUUAGGAGAGAUAACCUGCCCGUAUUGCCUUGAAGCUCUUCCAGCUAUAGAGGUAUUCGAUCACCGAAAAUGGCGGAAACAUGUAAAGAAUGACUUGGAUCCCUACGAGCGCUUGCAAAACUCCGAGGCUAUUCACAUCCUGCCCUUUAUGCGAUAA